ACCUCCAAUAUAAACCCGGAGGGAAUCACCCCACUGGAAGCGCUGAGGUGGAAUCCCUGCAGCUUUUUUUUGUUUUGGGGGGGGUUUGUUUUUCAUUUUCCCCCCACCCUUGUCCUUGGGCAGGUGGGAGCCUGCGGGUUCAACAGCCGGAUCCUGCCCAAUGUCUACCCCAUCCGGCUGGUGAAGGUCAACGAGGACACCAUGGAGCUGCUCCGGGAUUCCCGGGGGCUCUGCGUGCCCUGUCGCCCUGGAGAGCCGGGGCUGCUGGUGGGGCAGAUCGACCAGCGGGACCCCCUGCGCCGCUUCGACGGCUACGUCAGCGAGAGCGCCACCAGCAAGAAGAUCGCCCACGACGUCCUGCGCAAGGGGGACCAGGCCUACCUCUCAGGGGACGUGCUGGUGAUGGAUGACCUGGGCUACCUGUACUUCCGAGACCGCGGCGGGGACACGUUCCGGUGGCGCGGCGAGAACGUCUCCACCACCGAGGUGGAGGGGGCCCUGAGCCGCCUCCUCAACCAGGCCGACGUCGUGGUCUACGGGGUGGCCGUUCCAGGCGUGGAGGGCAAGGCGGGCAUGGCGGCCAUCGCGGACCCCUGGUCUCGGCUGGAUGCGGGGGGUCUGUACGAGCGGCUGGUGCCGGUGCUGCCGCCCUACGCCCGGCCCGUCUUCCUGCGCCUGCUGCCCAACCUCGACACCACCG